GACAUGAUUAGGUUACUGUUCUGCAAAUGCAUGACAUAUUAGUAGGCGGCAAGUAGGAAAUACAUGCUAUUUUUGAGAAAUUAAUCCGUUGCCAUGGCAACGGUCGAAGACGGCAUUUAUAAAUUUGGCAACAAGCAGAUUCAUGUUCAGCACCCUCAAAAUAGGGGAAAUAGCACAAAAAAUCAGAUUCUACAGAAAAUUUUUGGUAACCUUAAAUAUUAUGACGAGGAGCUGUGUACUAUAUACCGCGUACGGCCUUACGGUAAUAUAAUGCGAAUUAUAUUGUGUGCGUGAUCAGUAAUACAGACUAGACAGUAUAUACCAGAGCAAGUACACGUUAAUCUGAUUCUACCAGAUUGUUUUUUACUUUUGGUGUCAAUGAUCAUCGUCUGAUCUUUAUUGGAAGGACUAUUUGUCAUUAUUACCAAACAUGGAAACGUUGGAUUUUCCUGAUGUUUCACAGGAAGUAAAGGGUGCUAUGAAUAGCGGCCGUCUGAGGUUGAGCGAACAAGGCGUGACAUUCAAGAACAACAAGACAGGCAAGGUUGAUCAGAUUCAAUCGGGUGACCUGGAAAGGACGAACUGGAUCCGGGUCGCCAGGGGUCUUGAGCUCAAGCUCUAUCUCAAAUCAGGAUCGAUCUUCAAAUAUGAUGGCUUCAAAGAAUCAGAUCGGGAGAAAGUAGCCGAUUUUCUUCAGAGGCAUUACAACGUGGAACUUCAAGACAAAGAACUAUCAUUGAAAGGAUGGAACUGGGGAACAGCCAGAUUUGAAGGUUCCGAGCUUGACUUUCACGUUGAAAAGAAAUCAGCCUUCCAGCUUCCUCUUGGUAAUGUCUGCCACGCAACGACAGCGAAGAAUGAAGUCAUCCUCGAAUUCCACCAAAACGACGAUGCAGAGGUCUCGCUCAUGGAGAUGAGGUUUUAUGUACCUUCAACAGACUCUACAACAGAUGCAGCAGGGGCAUUCCUGGAUAAUGUCAUGGCUAAGGCAGACAUCAUCCAAGCCACAGGGGAUGCUAUUUGCUCAUUAGAAGAGAUCCCAUGUCUGACACCAAGAGGUCGAUACGACAUCAAGAUCUUCCCGACAUUCCUCCAGCUUCACGGAAAGACCUUUGAUUACAAGAUACCCUUCACAACGGUUCUCAGACUCUUCUUACUCCCUCACAAGGAUAACAGACAAAUGUUCUUUGUGAUGAGUUUAGAUCCCCCUAUAGUCCAAGGUCAGACCCGAUACCAUUUCCUCAUCUUGAGUUUUAACAAGGAAGAUACACUAUCCCUGGAGCUCAAUCUCACAGAGGAUGAACUAGAGCAGAAAUACGAAGGCAAGCUCACGAAGGAGAUGAGCGGUCCCAUGUUUGAGAUCGUCAGUCGAAUCAUGAAGUGUCUGGUGGCAAGAAAAAUCACUGUACCUGGCAACUUCAAGGGGCAUAAGGGAGCCCACGCCAUCAGCUGCUCGUAUAAGUCUAACAGCGGUUUCCUAUAUCCGCUUGAGAGGGGUUUCAUGUACGUUCAUAAGCCUCCAAUGCACAUACGCUUCGAUGAGAUCCAGAGCGUGAACUUUGCCGGAACGGGGAGCUUGAGGUAUUUUGACUUUGAAAUCGAGACGCGGAACAAGUCAACGUUUGUCUUCAGCAGCAUAGAAAAGGACGAUUACACACCGCUGUUUACCUAUGUGUCAAGUAAGAAGCUCAGAGUGAAGAACAGAGGAAUGAAGGGUGAUACCGUAAAUUACGAUGACAUUGGAGACAGUGACGAUGAUAAUACCCAUGAUGCCUACCUGGAACAGAUGAAAGCCGAAGGUCGUGAGAGGGAAGAGGGAGAAAUCGACGAGAACGAUUCAGACUCUUCAUCAGAUGAAGAUUUCAAUCCUUUGGAAAGUGCAAGUGAUGUAGCUGAAGAAUACGACAGUAACAUUGAGACGGAUUCAUCCGAUUCUGACUACACGGCAGGCAGCGGAGAGGAGGAAGAGGACGAUGAUGACUACAGGAAAGAACGUGAAGAGAGGAAAGAGCGGAAGAGGCAGGAGAAGGAAAGGGAGAAGCAGAAAGCAAAACAAAAGAAGAGAACAAAGACCUCGUCGGACAAGCCGAGGAAGAAGGUGAAGAAGGAGAAGGAUGCCAACAAACCCAAGAGGGCGGCCACCGGGUACAUGCUGUGGCUCAACGAGACGCGAGAGGAGCUCAAGGAGAAGUACCCGGGCAUCAGCGUCGUGGAGCUGACCAAGAAAGCCGGAGAGCUGUGGCAAAAGCUGGAGGACAAGACCAAGUGGAAUGAGAUUGCUGCCGAGAAGAAGAAGGAGUACGAGGCGGCGAUGGCAGAGUACCGGGAGAGAGCUGCCGAGGAGGGAUACGAACCCGCAGUGGAAUCCGGAAGUAGUGGCAAGAAGAGCAAGUCAAGCUCGGACAAGUCCAAGUCCAAAUCAAAGAAGACGUCACCUAGCCCCAAGAAAUCAAGCGCCGGGUCCGGGGGAAACUACAAGAGCAAGGAAUACAUCUCGGAAUCAGAGUCAUCCAGUGAUGAAGAGGUAUGGGAUGAUGAUGGUAGUGAUGAGGAUGAUGAUGAUGAUGAUGAUGAUGGCGACGAUGAUGAUGAGGAUGAUGAUGAUGAUGAUGAUGAUGAUGGUGGUGUUAGUGGUGGUGAUGGUGGUUAUGAUGAUGGUGUUGGUGGUGGUGGUGAUGAUGAUGAUGAUGGUGGUGGUUGUGAUGGUGAUGAUAAUGAUGACGAUGCAGAUGAUGAUGAUAAUUUUGAUGUACUGAUUAUUGAUGUUGUUGAUAGUGGUGGUUAAGGAGAACAACGCUACAGAACAGAUUGUAUGUACAUGUAGCAGAUUUUCACCACCAUCAGCAUUUCGCAAAAAGCAACUUGACUUGAACAAAGUGACUCAUAUUCAUUAAACCAGCAAGUAUCACUCAUUUUUAAUCAUGACAAAUAUGCAUGAAAAAUCGGAAAUGUUCAUGGAAACUGACUCACAGAAACAUACAUUUUGGUAUUUAGUUUCAACCAUGUAUUUAAUUAGUGAUAUUUCCAUUUAUUUUUAUCACCAACUUCAGGAAGUAAUGGUUUCAUAGAGGACCUGGGGUGUAGACCUAUAAGCAAUUUUUACCUAAUGAUACCGUUUUUAGUAACUUUGGUCUGCACCAGUCUCGCACUAAAAAUUCUGCACCGCAAGCAUUCACUAACUACUACAUAGCAGAGCGGCGCUACUUUUACGAUCACCCAUUCAAGUACCCGGGCACAUAAUGACUGGCGCUGGUCUGGUGCUGCUAAUAGCAGCAAUAGCAGCGUCAAAAUAGCACCGGGCUGGCAUGGGCUAUUUUAGCACGUGGCAUUCAUAAAUUCAAAAUUUUAAGACUUUGCCCGGAGCUAGUUUUGACCAGCGAGCUACUGAAACGGGUAUAAGUUAUCACAAUUACCAGUGCCAACUAUUCCUAUUUUAAAGGAAAAUGAUUCCACUGUCUUGCAUUUUAAAAAAUGUCAUAAGUUGAAAUUUUGGCUGAAAAUACUGUGUAUUAAUAAAACACACACAAAUUGAUUCCUAAUUUUGUUUCAGGGAUUCUCGGUUUUCACACUGAAAGGUUGCCAGGUGCCAUAUGCUAACCUUCCCUCAGUCAAAAAAGUACAAUCACCUCUAUAUUGGCAGGCUGUACCUACUGUGUUGCGUCAAGCCAGGAAAUUCAUUUAGCCCCAAUUAUAUCCUCUCAUUUCCUGGUUCAUGAAUGGUUUGUCGAGCAAGUUGUUUUGUUUAAGGUGGUCCAAAUAUAAUCUAUCAAAGCCUUAUUGGCUUGAUUAUUGUAAUUGAGUGUAUCUACUUGUGCACACCCAAAUUAUGAUUGGGUUGAGUGAAUUGAUGAGGCCCCAAGAUUGUCAACCGUUGCCAUUUCAAAUUUGUAUCCAUGUCUACCAUUAUCGUAUUAAUGGUUUUACAAGGGAUGGUUCCACACACACUCUAAUAUCUACCCCCCCCCCC